UUUCAACUUUUGUUUUUUUUUUUAUGUGUGUCAAGUCAAGUCAAACUGUUUGUGUAAAAACAUAAAAUUUAUUUAUUAAACAAUUUAAUAAAAAUAAAUAAAUAAAAAUGAAAGUAAAUAUAGAUUUAUCAGUAUGCCGAAUAUGUUUACAAGCAAGUGAAGAUGAUAUGAAAUCAAUAUUUGAAGAAGAUGAAAACAAUUUGACGAUAUCAAUGAAAAUAGAAUCUUGUGGCGGAAUAAAAAUAUCAAAAAAUUAUGAAUUUCCAACAAUGAUCUGUAAAAAAUGCCAUGCAUUUUUGUCCAUUGCUCACAAAUUUCGUAUAAUUUGUCAAAACUCUGAUGAUUAUUUACAUGAAUUUGUAUCAAAAGGUGAUACUUCUUAUGAAGACGAGGAGACCAUAGAAACGUUGGAUAUUAAACCAUUGAGUCGAAUACCAACCACUAAAACAGAAUACCAAAAAGUGUCCAAGGAAGAAUUAGAUGAUAAGGAUGCAAUCGACUCAGAUUAUUCAUAUGAAGAACUUAAAGACAAUGGAGCUUAUUCUGACGAUGAUAGUGAAGUGGAACAGAAACCAACUGUUAAACCCCGUAAAACACUUUCUAUGGGUGAAGAUGGGACGGCUGUAAUAAAAACAAACAAAAAACAGACACACAUUUGUGAGGUAUGCGGGAAUACGUAUCAGCGGCGAUAUUGCUUAGAAGCACAUAUGCGCAGACAUCGUGGAGAAAAACCAUUUGAGUGCGAGAUUUGUAAAAAAGCAUUUGCGUUGAAUUUUCAACUUACACGUCAUAUGAGAUCACAUACAGGUGCGAGACCUUACAAGUGCCAAUACUGUGACCGAACAUUUGCAGAUAGAUCCACUAACGUGAAACAUGAAAGAAUCCACACAAAUGAACGGCCAUACAAAUGCGAAUCAUGUGGAAAAUCCUUUACAUAUUCAAAUGUUCUUAAAGUACACAUGAUGACUCAUACAGGAGAAAAACCGUUUACAUGUGAUCUUUGUGGAAAGAGAUUCUCUCAACUACAUCACUUACGGGCCCAUCUUCAAACUUUACAGCAUCAAAAUGAUCCGCAAGCGACUAAAUUGCUAUUAAAAAGUGAACCUUUAUAAUAAAUCAAAUAAAUAUUUCUUAGCCUAAUAAUAUUCGACACCACUAUAACCUCUCGUACCGCAACAAUAAGAUAUUGUUACCAUAAUUUGUAUGUUUAAGCAUAAUUUAAAUUAUAAAUGAUAAAAUAUAUGUAUGUAUGUAUUUAAAGCAGA